AUGAGCGGAGCUCCAUCGCAUGCCUCGUCCUCAUCAUCAGCCCCCGCUCUGGGUCAGCUCCAGGAGGGCGUCAGGCACAUGCGGGGAGGGCACGGCGAGAGCUUACUACAUGACUUCCUCCCCCUGGUGAAGCCUGCGGAUCAGCCGACGAGCGACCCCAACGGCCCGGCGCUCAUCCUCGUCAACUACAAACUGCCACGGGAGAUUCUCGAGCGGCUGUGGUCCAACGCGUCGGUUCGUGUUUGCGCCGACGGUGCAAUCAACAGGCUCUACUCGUCCUUCGAUCUUGAGGAAGACAGGAGCAAGUACAUACCUGAGUACAUCAGAGGGGAUUUGGACUCUGUGGACGACAAGGUGAAAGACUACUACGUUGAGAAAGGAACCAAGAUCGUGCACGAUACGGAUCAAGACACCACAGACCUCGAGAAGUGCAUGGACCUCGUCAACUCCCUUGGGUAUCCUAUGCUGCAAGUCAUAGUCCUUGGAGCCUUCGGUGGACGACUGGACCACGAAUUUUCUCACUACCAUGUCCUGUACAAUCGAAGCGCUUUCCUGCUACGAUCCGGAUCGCACAAGAUCCGAACGGAAUGCCUCGGACCAACUUGCGGCCUCAUCCCCUUGGGCGCGCCAUGCCGCAAGAUCGAGACGACCGGGCUGAAGUGGGACAUCCACGGGGAAAGUCAACUUCAGAUCGGAUCGUUUGUGAGCACGUCCAACCGCAUCGUUGAGGAGGAGGUGGAAGUCACUGUGUCAGAUCCCAUCCUGUGGGUCUCAGAGUUCCGUGUUCCCGAGAGUAAAUGA